AUAAUCGCGAGCUUCAUGGGCUACGAGGGAUUGGAGCCAGUUGCUUUAUCCAUGUCUCAAGGUAGCGGACCACAAUCUUCUGAAGGCUCGAAGUCGGGUCUUGGUGAGGCAGGCUCGAACUCUGGUCUUGGUGAGGCACAUCCUUGUGAGGGCUCGAACUCCGGUCUUGGCGAGACAAGCCCUGACUUCAGUGGUGCCAGUUUCUCGUUGGAUGACAACGAGAUCAACGCCUACAACGGCAUCCUGAACAUCCAAGCGCCUGACUUCACCACCGUCAUGGCGAUUGUGCACGGCGAAGGGUACUGGACCGAUGUUGCGUGGUACUUCCAGGACUCUGACUUCGUGACUCUCCUCAACUUCAUGAACAGCCUCGGGCCGGAGACCGUCGAGGACGAGGACUUUCUUGACUUUGCCAACGUCGUGAGCUUCGCGAACAGCCUCGGGAAGGAGUCCGACGAAGAAGACGACAUGGUCAGGGUGUUGCUGAAUGUGGAUGAUGUUUCGGAAGAAUUGUGAGCAGGCAGGGGGGAGAUAGAGCGUAGGGCGUGUCCUGGCAUCAUCUGGAAGACUAAGUAUGCUUGAAUAUGAAGUUGUGUGGCGCUGGGUUAUUUUUUAUGUUAUACCAAAACUAUAAAUUGUAUUCAGAUUGGUUGGUGUGUUGUAUGGCUGAUGUCUCCGUGCCGUGGGGCGGAGAGGUGAUGUAUCAUGUAUGUUUGUUUCUUGUUUUGAUGGAUGGCAGUAUUUUAUUUGCAGUAA